UCCAUAGUAUCUUAAUCAUAAGAUCAUCAUCAUAUCAUUGAUAUUUAUUACCUAUAGAUGAUGACGCACUUCAAAGUCAUUAGUUUAAUAAUGGUUUAAGAAAUAUUUUACUAUCCAAACCAAAUAUGAAAUUGUACCACAGGACACUAACAUAUUCUGUAUGGAGGCAUUACUGCUCAACUCAAAAGGAUCGGCAGUUCAUAGACUGGAAGAAGAUUGUGAUCAAGGCUGGUAAUGGUGGGGAUGGAAGUGCCCAUUUCAGACGAAAAAAAUGUCAGCCAAGAGCAGGUCCUGAUGGUGGUGAUGGUGGACACGGAGGAAGUGUCCUCCUUGUUGCAGAUGCUUCAUACAAAGAACUAGCGCAUGUUCAGAAACACAACAAGGCAGGAGAUGGAGAAGGUGGCAAACAAAAUGACUGUCAUGGAAGAACUGCAUCCAAUUUAUUCAUUAAAGUGCCUCUUGGGACUGUUGCAACACACUACAAAACCGUCAUAGCAGACAUGUGUACAGAGGGUCAACACACAGUCAUUGCUCAUGGGGGGAGGGGAGGGUUGGGAAAUGCUCAUUUUAAGUCAGCAACUAACCAAUCACCUGAGAUUGCUACUCCUGGCACUCUUGGUGAAGAGAAAGUAAUUGAGCUGGAGUUAAAGACGAUAGCUGAUGUAGGAUUGGUUGGUUUCCCGAAUGCUGGUAAAUCUACAUUAUUGAGGGCUAUUUCCAAAGCAAAACCAGCUGUUGCGGCAUAUCCCUUUACAACACUCAAUCCAUAUGUUGGAAUGAUAGAGUAYGAUGAUUACCAUCAAAUUGCAGUUGCAGAUAUACCUGGGCUAAUUUCAGGUGCUCAUCUCAACAAAGGUCUUGGACAUUCCUUUUUACGGCACAUAGAGCGUUGUCGAUGCCUUCUCUAUGUCCUGGACAUCUCACAGAACGAUCCACUGAAACAAUUCUCUUCAUUACAGCAAGAAUUAGAACUUUAUAAAGAAGGUUUGUCACGAAGACCUGCUGCAGUUGUGGCAAACAAAAUAGAUACAGUGGAGAACUUUAAGAGCAAAAAUCUGGUUGAGGAACUUGAUUUACCUGUUAUACCGGUUUCAGCUCUUUUUGGACAAGGAAUCGGGGUUUUAAAGACUAAGAUAAGAUUACUCUUUCAAACAUCACUGAAUAGGGUUUGAAUCAUUACAACGCUUGAUUCCUGGACGUGCCGUUACUUGUGAUUAGCCAUAAUAAUUUGUUAGAUCUCUUGAUUUUUCCGGGUUCUCUAGUUUUUUUUCUCCCUUCGGAAUAACUUACAAUGACCUAACAAGCGGAUUCAAAUUCCAUCUGGGAGUAAGCCUUUCCCUGACUUACAUCAGUCCUUAAAUUGUUUCGGGGUUCUAUCCUCGUCAAAGUCAGUCCCACGUAUUUUGCAUGCUGUCUUGAACUUGUGGGAGCUUUUUUUUCUCAACCUUGGAACGGCUAAUAUAGCGCACUUUUCCAUGUGGAUAUACUUUAAAAAGCGCUUUAAAAUGAGUCCGUCAGUCGGUCCGUCCGUCCGUCAGUCGGUCCGUCCGUCCGUCAGUCGGUCCGUCCGUCCGUCAGUCGGUCCGUCCGUCCGUCAGUCAAUAAACAAACCAAAAAAUAAAUAACAAUAUUACAUAUAGCCAACG